UGUUGUGCACAGCUAAUUUCUUGCUUUUGAUUUGCAAAAUCCCAAUUCCUUAUCUCUCUUCUCCACCACACCCUUUCAAUUUCCUAUCUUCCCACAGAUUCUUAGCUUGCUUACAUUCAACUCCAUUUUCAACACCUCUACAGUCUUCUUCUUCUUCUUCUUCUUCUUCUUUCUUUUCCUUUCCCAUUAUAUUUUCUCACACUUUCUCUUCCAUUUUCUUCUUCUUUCUUCCCACCUAACUGUUUCUCCCCUACUCCCUUUGUUUCAUCUCAACGUUUCUAGUAAAGUGUUCUACUUGCUUUCCCAGGAAAAGGACAUUUCAAGAACCAACUUUGGUGUUUCCUUCAUUUUCCUUUGCUAGAAAGUUUGUUACUUUGCCUACCAUCAUUAUUUUCAACCAUGUGUAUCUCUUCACCAAUAAUUGUUUCUCAUGUGGGUAUCUCCUGAAACUUGAAUCCUCUCUCUCUCUCUCUCUCUCUCUCUCUCUCUAGCAAUCAGGUUUUUGAUGUGGGUCAUCUUCCAAAUCUAACAAACACCUUAAAAAAAGAAUCUUUAUCUAACCCUAGUACAAGAUCUCAGAGAUAAGAGGGAAAAAUAUCAGAGUUAGGAAAAUGAAAAUUCAAUGUGAUGUAUGUGAGAGAGCUCCAGCAACUGUUAUUUGCUGUGCGGAUGAGGCGGCGCUCUGUGCAAAAUGUGAUAUUGAAGUUCAUGCAGCUAACAAACUCGCAAAUAAGCAUCAGAGGCUUCUUCUUCAGUGUCUCUCAAACAAGCUUCCUCCAUGUGAUAUCUGCCAGGAGAAAACAGCUUUCAUCUUCUGUGUUGAAGACAGAGCUCUUUUUUGUCGUGAUUGCGAUGAACCUAUCCACUCGGCUGGUAGCCUUUCUGCGAACCAUCAGCGAUUUCUGGCCACUGGGAUUCGAGUGGCUUUAAGCUCUAGUUGCACUAAGGAUGCAGAGAAGAGUCGGUCGGAGCCACCCAAACCUAAUGCACAGAAAACUCCAAUGAAACAGCUCACGCAGCAUUCAUCAAACUUCUCAUCUCCAUGGGCUGUUGACGAUUUCUUACACUUCUCUGAUGUUGAGUCUACGGACAAGAAAGAGCACCUUGAGCUAGGGGAGCUCGAAUGGCUAGCAGACAUUGGUCUCUUUGGCGAGCAAUUUCCUCAAGAGGCCUUACCAGCAGCCGAAGUUCCCCAACUUCCCGAGGCACAUACAAGCAAUGUCAACUCAUACAGACCCAUGAAAUCAAAUAUGUCUCACAAGAAGCCGAGGAUUGAAAUCCCAGACGAAGAAGAGCACUUCAUUGUCCCAGAUCUUGGCUACCGCUGAUAUAAAAAAAAAAAGAGAGAAAUAUGAAAUGUGCUGAUUAAGUCAAUAAUUAUACCUUUAUACUCUUCAAGUAUAUAUACGCAUCUAUAAGUGCAUAGGACAUACACUUAUUUCCAAAUACUGUUAUGUUAGCAUUACUAUGUUUCUGAAGUUAAAUUGAAGGGAAAUUUCAACUUA